AUGCGUUUCUCCAUCGCUACCAUCUUCUCCUUCUUGGCCCUCGCUCUGGCCCAACUGAAGCCCAACAACGCCGGCGCCCGCAACGUUGGCUCCGGCGACGGCUCGCAAUUCAUCACAGGCGGCUGUGUCUCUGACGCUGACUGUCAAUCCGGCUGCUGCGCCGACCUCUCCGGCGUUGGCAUUUGCUCUGCCGAGGCGGCUGCUUUCCAAGCUGGCAAGAACGGAUGCGGGUUCGUGGAUCCCGAUGCGCAGGCGACGAUUGCGGCUGCCCAGGCGCAGGUGGAGAGGCAAGGGUUUAAGAGGGUUGUGAGGCGGACGACUGCGUAA